GCAGCCGUGUCGAAUCUGCGAUCUCGAGCAUGCGCGCCCGGGCGCCCGCCAAUUCUCGCAUUUACCACGCGACGCGCUCUCCGUCAAAACGCGGGGUCCGGCCCGGGUUAAACUCACAAAAACACAUCACGAACUGUACUUCAAACAAGUUUUAACGCUGUGAAAAUUAUAAAACGUUUGGAAAAUAUAAAAUACCUACUUUGAAAAAGUGUCUGAGGCUUCUUAUUCUGACUUUCAAAAGUGGCGUUAGUGUCUAUAUUGUUGUGUUUUAGUAUAUAAGGAAAAUUAACUUCGAUAAUUUUCUUGAUCACCAUCGCUGAUUUCAAAAACAUGUGAUCGUCUGAUGUCUUCAAAUAAUGCUAUAUACCAGCGAACCGUCGAUCCAAAAUGAAACACAACUUCGAGGCGCCUGUGAGCACAGCAAUGAGUGCGUCGGGAACAUGCCGCAUGCUCCCAAUGCAUCUACCUACAACUACACCGAAGCCCAUCAUGAAAUGGUGUGCGUGCUGGAUGCGACGUCCGAGGACUUCAUGGAAUCGCCUGUUUUCCAAGUGUGUGUGCUAUUUUUGUACAGUGCUGUGUUUGUGGUGGCCCUCGUGGGCAACGGGCUAGUGUGUUUCGUAGUGCAAACGUCGCCGCGUAUGAAGACGGUGACGAACUACUUUAUAGUGAACUUAGCGGUGGGGGACAUUCUGAUGACGCUGUUCUGCGUGCCGUUCUCGUUCGUGUCGAUGCUAGUGCUGCGUUACUGGCCGUUCGGCGGCGUCAUGUGCAAGGUGGUCAACUACUCGCAGGCCGUGUCCGUGCUCGUGUCCGCGUACACGCUGCUCGCCAUCUCCAUCGACCGCUACAUGGCCAUCAUGCGGCCUCUGAAGCCGAGGCUUGGGAAGGCCACUGCCAAACUUGUGGUAGCUGGCGUGUGGUGCGGUGCGCUAGCCACCGCUGCCCCUAUACCGAUCGUGUCGAAUUUGCAACGGCCUUCACUUUGGCAUGAAGCAUGCCAAAUUGACGUCUGCGGCGAGCUCUGGGCGAGCGCGGAGCAGAGUUCGCAGUACACGUGCGCUCUGCUGGCGCUGCAGUUCGCGCUGCCGCUGUGCGCGCUGGUGUGCACGUACGCGCGCAUCGCGCACGCCGUGUGGGGCGGCCGCCCGCCCGGCGAGGCGCAGAGCGCGCGCGACACGCGCAUGCAGCGCUCCAAGCGGAAGAUGAUCAAGAUGAUGGUGACAGUUGUCGCUGUGUUUACGAUUUCCUGGUUGCCACUCAACGUUUUUAUUGUGUUAUGGACGGCGCACGAGAGCGACGCGGAGUGGGGCGCGUGGCCCGGAAUGCCGUACGUGUGGUUCGCGAGCCACUGGUUGGCCAUGAGCCACUCCUGCUACAACCCCAUCAUCUACUGCUACAUGAACGCGCGCUACCGCCGCGGGUUCAAACAGGUUCUUGGCGGCUUGCUGUGUCUCAAGCAUACGGAGGCCCGGUCCUGCCAUCGAUCAAGUGUCUGCGAGGGCGUGCCCAUGUCAGAAAUGGUGGGUCUGAACUGCUCGUCGGCGCGCCGCGUGGUCGGUUGCCGGUGUCGGUCCCGGAGCGUUCUCGGCAUCAACACGAAGUGCAAGUGCAACUCUUUGGAGCUGAAAGUGUGUCCGAGGACCCCGCGACCGCCGGCGCCGCCGGCGCGCGCUCUCUCGGUCCGUUCCAAUUAUUUCACCUAGACUGACUUUGAGUUAAGACGAAAGAAGUCACAUGCAUUAUCGACUUUUCAUAUCAAUCAAGUCCAUUUUCCUCACAGGUUAUUAAUAUCAUUGGAAUAAAUAUCGAAAUAAGCUGUCAUAUAUUAAAGAAAAAAUGCUCAAUGAAAUGAUGAUGAUGAAAUGGUGGUGCUCGUAAUUUUUUCUUUCAUAUAUGACAUCUUAUUUCGAUUUUUAAUUUAUAUAUAGUAGUGUGACUACUUAAAAAACACAAAUCAAAAUAUUUGUUAAAAUAAUUUGAUUUCUUCCCAUAAUUGCGUAUCAUUGGAAAUGUUUUGAUACAGUUUUAUGUAGAUACCUAUAUUUCCUAUACCAUGUAAAAUAUUUUCAAUAAUGUUCAUAUUCUUAUGGGAAGAAAAUGACGACUACAUCUGUACACAAUAGAGAUUCGAUCAUCCCCUUUCCUAUUAAAAGUUGUUUAUUUUGACCUAGAAAUUGAAACUGUUCUGACUCAUAUACAAAUUGUUUGUGCAACAAAAUAAAAAUAAACACUGGAGAUAGAAAACACGUGUGCAUGCUAUGCUUCAAUUUUAAAAGGAAGUACAAGCCGAGCCCUCUUUAAAAAAUGUGAUAAGGACAAUUUUCGUUCUCGCCAUUUUCCUCCUCCAAAACUUACGAUCAACCGUUACGAAAUAUUGGGAACGCAAAAAAAAAAAAAACUGUGAUUAUUUUUCUUUUUCCUUUUUUCUGUUCAUUGCUGCCGUUUUGAAUAUGCCUAGACAUUUUAGGUACUUCACCUAGUUCACAUAAAAACCAAAAUAUCAUAGACAUAAGUACCUUUUAUUAAUAUUGAACUCAAGUAAAAAAUACAUCCAGGUUUUUAUUUAAUAAAUCCAUAGAGGAAAAUGGCGAGAACAUAUU